UCAGGAGGAGGAAGAGGAGGAGGGUGUAGAGGAAGCACACACACUCUCUCUCUGCUCUCUCACUAGGAGGAGGAGUCGGAGGAGCAGCUGCAGCGGCGGCGGCCUGAGCGAUAGGAUGUCCCGACAUGAAGGUGUCAGCUGCGAUGCAUGUUUAAAAGGAAACUUUAGAGGCCGACGAUACAAGUGUUUAAUUUGCUACGAUUACGAUUUGUGUGCAUCUUGCUAUGAAAGUGGUGCAACGACGACAAGGCAUACAACUGACCAUCCAAUGCAGUGCAUAUUGACAAGGGUAGACUUUGAUUUAUAUUAUGGUGGGGAAGCCUUCUCUGUAGAACAGCCACAGUCUUUUACUUGUCCUUAUUGCGGUAAAAUGGGUUACACAGAGACCUCGCUACAAGAGCAUGUGACUUCAGAGCAUGCAGAAACAUCAACCGAAGUGAUUUGUCCAAUUUGUGCAGCGUUACCAGGGGGAGAUCCAAAUCACGUUACAGAUGAUUUUCCUGCCCAUCUUACACUUGAACACAGAGCUCCCAGGGAUCUAGAUGAAUCCAGUGGAGUUCGGCAUGUACGAAGGAUGUUUCACCCUGGCCGAGGGUUAGGAGGGCCACGAGCUCGGAGAUCAAACAUGCACUUUACUAGCAGUUCCACUGGAGGGCUUUCAUCCUCACAGAGCUCGUAUUCACCAAGCAAUAGGGAAGCCAUGGAUCCUAUAGCAGAGUUGUUAUCCCAAUUAUCAGGAGUUAGGCGUUCAACGGGUGGUCAGCUCAAUUCCUCUGGGCCUUCUGCCUCUCAGCUGCAACAGCUACAAAUGCAGUUACAAUUAGAGCGGCAACAGGCACAGGCAGCACGGCAACAACUAGAAACGGCACGUAACGCAACUAGACGCAACAAUGCAAGUAGUGUCACUACCACCAUUACCCAAUCAGCAGCAGCAACCAACACAUCUAAUACGGACAACAAUCAGCAAACUAUACAAAAUUCACAGUUUCUCCUCACAAGAUUGAAUGACCCGAAGAUGACAGAAGCUGAACGACAGUCAAUAGAAAGUGAACGGGCAGAUCGCAGCCUCUUUGUCCAGGAGCUCUUGCUUUCUACAUUGAUGCGGGAAGAAAGCUCCUCCUCAGAUGAGGAUGAGCGGGGGGAAAUAGCCGAUUUUGGGGCUAUGGGUUGUGUAGAUAUAAUGCCUUUAGAUGUUGCUUUAGAAAACUUAAAUCUCAAAGAGAGUAAUAAAGGAAACGAGCCUCCGCCACCUCCUCUUUGAUGACAUCCCCCUUUGCAGACAAUGUCCUCUGUGCUGUAACUGCCAAUGAAAGUGGACAAACAACUAUCUUUGGGUUUGUUUUGGUGAUUGUAAUUUCCAGUCUGUCACUCUUGUUACAUUGUGUACAUUCAAAAAAGUAAAAAAAAAAUUGAAAAAAAUUGAAAAAAAAGAGACAGAAGCAAAUAUAUAUGACAAAAUCACUUAACUAAUUUUUACUUCUAGCAAAUAUACAUAGGUAGCAGUUCCAGAGGCAGCCGUCUGCUUCCUGUACCUUGACGUAAACACAAAUAAAGCUCUCCUAAUCUCCCACAUUCAAACUGAAGAGGAAAAAUCUAUAUGGAUAAAAAAAAAUCUAAUGAAGCUGCUGUGUGUAUUUAUGAAUAUUAAUUAAUAAAAACUGCUUGGAUGGUUUACCAUAACUACUGCAUGAGGUUUUUUGCAGCGUGCAUGAGUUUUUAGUGACAUUGUCAUUAAGAAAAAAAAAAGACAAAAGAAACAGACUUAAAUUCUAAGACUGUUAAACCGUAAAUCCCAAAGCUUUCCUAAACAUUAUUCAAAAGGUUACAGCACCUGACGACAUGCAAAGUUGACCUAAACUCUAGUGGGUUUCAGCCUUGGAUCUUUUGAAUAAUGUACGAAUAUUUUAUGUGAGUGAAAAGCAAGUUCUGCAGUGGCAUUAACUGUAUGUCUGCUUGGAUUUUCAUGUGACAAUUUCUCUAAAAUGCCAUCAUAUGCAGUUGCCACUAGAAGGGUGUUUUACUAAAUUAUAAAUAGUUUUAAAAAAAUCUUAUAGAUUUGUUGUGUAUUUUGCUAAGUAUACUGAUAAGGCAUUAUUUAAUCAUUAGAUGGCAGCAUUUUCCUUUUUUUUUCUGAUCAGAGAUGCAUGAGGCCUCCAUAUGCAGAAGGAAGAAUAAGUAUAUUUGUUGCCUGUAGAGGCCAAUAAAAUACUUUCAUUUUCUAGCUUGAACUGGAAAAUGACAGCUGGAAUUUUGCUAUGCGCAACAUUAGCCCCCUUUUUUUUUUUUUUUU